CAGCUCUUUCCAUUCCUGGAUAUUCAGGACAUCAGACGUGCAGCCAUGGCUGACAAAGAGAGGAACGAUGAUAAAUCAAAACCAAAGAAGGUGGAAUGCUGUAAUUAUCCAGUCAGCAUUUUUUUCAUUGUUGUCAAUGAGUUUUGUGAAAGAUUCUCGUACUAUGGCAUGCGUGCGGUGUUGGUGCUGUAUUUCAGGUUUUUCUUCCGCUGGGAUGAUGAUCUUGCAACCUCUAUCUACCAUGCGUUUGUGGCUUUAUGCUACCUAACUCCCAUCCUGGGGGCUAUUGUGGCUGACUCUUGGCUUGGAAAGUUCAAAACCAUCAUCUACCUGUCCAUUGUUUAUGCCAUCGGGCAGAUAGUCAUGGCAGUCAGCGCUAUUAAUGACCUCACAGAUGCAGACCGAGACGGCACACCAGACAACAUGUCGGUUCAUGUUGGCUUGGCUAUGUUAGGCCUGUUUUUGAUCGCUCUGGGUACAGGAGGCAUUAAACCAUGUGUGUCUGCAUUCGGAGGAGAUCAGUUUGAUGACCACCAGACGAGACAGAGAAGUACGUUCUUCUCUGUGUUUUAUCUGUGUAUUAAUGGUGGCAGCCUUCUGUCCACUCUCAUCACCCCCAUACUGAGAGGUCAGGAGUGUGGUAUUCACACUCAGCAGAAGUGCUACCCGCUGGCUUUCGGUGUUCCUGCUGCUCUCAUGGUGGUCUCUCUGAUUGUGUUCAUUGCUGGAAGUGGGAUGUACAUUAAAGCUAAACCCAAAGGCAACAUCAUGAUGGAUGUGUGUAACUGCAUUGGGUUCGCCAUCAAUAAUCGUUUUAGACACAGGAGCAGCAAAUACCCAAAGAGAGAGCACUGGCUGGACUGGGCUGAUGAGAAGUAUGAUAAACUCCUCAUUGCUCAGAUUAAGAUGGUGUGCAGAGUGCUGUUCCUCUACAUCCCUCUCCCCAUGUUCUGGACCCUGUUUGACCAAAAGGGCUCUCGCUGGACUCUGCAGGCCACCACCAUGGAUGGAACAUUUGGCAGUCUUGUUCUACAGCCAGACCAGAUGCAGACUGUCAACCCCAUUCUGAUCCUCACACUGGUGCCCAUUAUGGACAGAGUGGUCUAUCCUCUCAUCAAGAAGUGUGGCUUCAACUUCACGCCUUUAAAAAGAAUGACGGUUGGGAUGUUUUUGGCUGCCAUGGCUUUUGUCUCCGCUGCCCUGGUCCAGAUUCAGAUUGAUGAAACACUACCAGUUUUCCCCUCCGCCUCUGAAAGCCAGCUGAAGAUAGUGAACAUGGCCAGUGGUCAGAUGAACAUCACGAUUCCUCCUCAGCAAACUUUUGCUUUGGGAUCUGAACAGGCCAGUGACUACCUGACAUUUAGCAAUAUGAACAUCAUGGUAUCUUUGAACAAUCCUCCCAUCAGUAAAAACUUUUCCCUGACUGGGGAAAAACGCAACACCCUCAUAAUCCCUGCUGACCCUAACACCAUGUACAUGACACAAGAUAUAACCUCCAAACCAGAGCAAGGCAGUAAUGCAGUCAGAUUUGUGAAUGGCUUGUCUUCAGAAGUCAAUAUGUCAUAUGCUGGAAAUGAUAAACAAUUUCCUGCUUUAGAAUAUGUUUAUCUUCCACAGGGAGAACGCAUAUUCACCAUCACGAAUGGCAUCCGGUCAUGUUCCUUCUCCAGGAAGUUUGGGUUUGGCGGUGCCUAUACAUUCCUUAUCCCCAGCACACUUCUUUGGACUGAGAAUUGUGGUAACGCUAUAGUUGAAGUGGAAGACAUCAAGCCCAAUACGGUACACAUGGCCCUGCAGAUCCCUCAGUAUUUCCUCAUCACAGCAGGGGAGGUGGUGUUCUCAGUCACUGGCCUGGAGUUUUCAUACUCGCAGGCACCCAGCAACAUGAAGGCAGUGCUGCAGGCUGGCUGGCUGUUCACUGUUGCUGUGGGCAACUUCAUUGUGCUGAUUGUGGCUGAGCUGGCAAAGCUGCCUCAACAGUGGGCAGAGUAUGUGCUGUUUGCCUCUUUGUUAGUAGCAGUGUGUAUAAUCUUUUCGAUAAUGGCUUACUUCUACACCUAUGUUGACCCUGCUGAGAUUGAGGCCCAGUUCACACGAAAAGAUGAAAUGGAACCAGAAGAAAAGGAGAAGAACACCAUAGAAUUGGAGGAAAAGGACUUAAAGCAGGACCAAAAAGAGAAACUUGGCAAAACUAAAAUGUAAAAACACCAUUGGCUGAUUUAUGUACAGGAUUGCCUGUAAAAAUCAAUAUAGUUGUAUAAGCUCCAUUGAUUUUUAGAUUGAGUUUCUAAAGAGAAAAAACAAAUAGUUUGUAGAAUAAAUUGUAAAACUAUAUUAUUAGAAAUAGAAAACUGGUCAAAGCUCUUUUUGUCUUUUCGCAGCUGUUUCUCCUGGCCUUUUCUUUUGUUAUUCAUAUAUUCCUGACAUACUAUAUUGUAAUAAUCUAUUGUCUAAUAUUGUGCCCAUUUUAAUAAACUAUGAAGAACUGUU